AACUGAGCUGCAGAGAUAAAACUCUGCUGCAGACAGAUAUACAACCACAGAGCCUGAACAUCCGCCUUCUCUUCAACCGUUAUUUAGACACAACAGGACUUUCACAAACAAACUUAAUCUCUCAGCUUCAGUUUUCUGCUCUCUGGUGUGAAGAUCAGGAAGACACAGAGACCUCCAUCAUGACCACCGCCGACCAGCUGCUGGAGCAGAUGUUGUCCUGGAUCGAGCAGAGGGAGAGCUGUGCCAAGCAGCUGAAGAAACUGGCCCAGGAGCUGGAGUCCCUCAGGGAGAAAUGCAACGCCAGUGAAUGUGUUGGCAGCACAGUGGCAGUGGCAGGAGCUGCAUGUCUGAUCGGGGCCGGCGUGGCCACUGUGUUGACUGCUGGAGCAGCUGCUCCAUUUUUAGGUUUGUUAGGAGCAGCGUAUUCAGGUGUAGGUGUCGCUGUAUCUGUGGGGACUAAAAUCACUGAGCACUUCUUAUCCAGCAACACCAUGAAAGAGACGCAGAACAUAGAACAGAAGAGCAAUGAAAUUGCAGAAAAAAUACAAAAACUGUUUGAGCAACUGAAGGCGGAGAGGAGGGAGGUGAGUUCCUUCGCAGACCCAGAUGAUCUGGACCGACACAUCAUGACUGAAAUCCUGAGAGCCAUGGCCAGACGGAGUGGACUGGAUCGGAAGAUCAACUUCCGCAUGCUUGAGGAUGAGCCACAGUUUUCCUUCAAUAUACCAAGAUCCAUCGGGCUCCACCGAGUCUACUUCAGUACUCCAGUGAUGGUUGGAUUUUUGGGAAUUUUAGCAUUUUUCACAUUUGAAGUUAGUGGGAAAAAACAUAAAUUUUUGUUUGCUAAAGGAGUGAAACAACUCCUCAAACUAAUGUCUACAACUGCAUUUAAAAGAGCCCUUAAAGGAGGAGCCUUGGUUGUGGGAGGAGCUGUUGGAAUGGGGAUUUCACUUCUUGAGGCGAUCGACAACUGGAAACACAUGAUCAAGAAGAAUCAUGUGACUGAAGCGAGCCAAUCACUGAGAGAUACCGCCGACGCUAUUCUAAAGAUGACCCAGACACUGAGAGGACAGUUUGACGACAUGAAGAAGAUGUUUGAUGAUCUCGCUAAAAGCCAACAAGAACAUGAAGAAAAGCUUUCCAGAGAGAAAAACACUCAGGACUGUACAGAAAAGCCAGAGGAAGAGGAAAGUGAUGGUGAGGAGGAAGGGAGUGAUCAGGAGGAAGAGGAAAGUGAUGAAGAGGAUGUCCGACAGCAGCUGGUCAGACAACACCUGGACCCACAUCAAUUUGCAUACAGACCCAGACGAGGUACGGAGGAUGCAGUGGCAUGUCUUCUUCAUCUCAUCCUUCAACAUCUACAGACAUCUGGCAACUUUGUCUCAGUCCUUUUCAUCGACUUCAGUUCUGCCUUCAACACAAUCCAUCAUCACCAGCUCAUCAAAAAAUUACAUCACCUCAACAUCUCCUCACCUCUCAUCCACUGGAUCCAUAUCUUCCUCGGCAACAGACCACAGACCGUGAGAAUUGGUUCAACAACAUCAUCAACCAUCAUCACCAACACUGGAGCCCCCCAGGGCUGUGUUCUCAGCCCUUUUCUCUACACCCUGUACACCAAUGACUGCAAUAGCUCUUCAACCGUCACCACCUACUACAAAUAUGCUGAUGACACUGCCAUAGUUGGAUUACUCAACAAUAACAACUCUGUCUCAGCGUACCUGGACUCAAUUUCACAGUUUUCCCAAUGGUGUCAGGACAAUUACCUUCAAUAA